AUGUCGCAAGGAAUAUAUUUGACAGACCAACCUGUUAGAAGGGCUCAACCUUCGGGAAAUCAGUUAAUCAGAAAGAUUCAAAGGGCUUGUCGAUUAACGUUGGCAGAACCAGAUUUGGGGUUAAACCUUGAUGUUGCUGAUUACGUCAAUGCAAAGCAAGGUGCUGCGCCUAGAGAUGCAGUUAUAGCGAUUGUGAAGCUCAUUAAUAGCCGGGACACUCACACGGCUGUUUUUGCGUUAGCUUUGCUAGACGUUCUAGUAAAGAACUGUGGAUAUCCUCUCCACUUGCAAAUAUCGCGUAAAGAGUUCUUGAAUGAGUUGGUCAAGCGUUUUCCAGAAAGACCACCUUUAAGAUUUACGAAAGUUCAACGCUUAGUUUUGACCGCUAUCGAAGAAUGGUACCAAACCAUCUGCAAACAUGCAGCCUACAAGGAGGACAUGGGCUACAUAAGGGACAUGCAUCGUCUCCUCAAGUACAAAGGCUAUAUUUUCCCCAAAAUCAAAGAAGAGGAUAUGGCUGUUUUACGCCCUGGUGAUCACCUUAAGACCCCUAGUGAAAUUCAAAAAGAACAAGAGAUUGCGCAAGCUGCAAAAUUGGAAGAGCUCAUUAGACGCGGCCGUCCUGAGGAUUUGAAAGAGGCUAAUAAAUUAAUGAAGGUGAUGGCAGGAUUCAAGGAAGACAAUGUCAUAAAGUCCAAACAAUUGAUCAAUGACGAACUUUCGAAGCUGAAACGGAAAGCUGAUCUUUUCAAGGACAUGUUGAGUGCCUCUGAGUCGCCAAACAUGGAGAACGAGACGUUGGUGGAAUUGUAUAGCGCCCUGAAAGUAUCUCAACCAAAAUUCCAAAAGAUAAUUGAAGAGGAGCACGAUGAUGACGACUUGGUGCAAGAUAUUCUGCAAUUUAACGACACAGUCAACCAGGUGGUACAAAAGUACAACCUUUUGAAAAAUGGAAGUGUCGAGGAGGCAUCUCAAAUCACCGUUCCCUCAAUUUCAACGUCUAGUCCAGCAGUUACUCAAGGCGGUGCUCUGGCUAACGAGUUGAAUCUCAUUGAUUUUGGGGACGACGACGAACCCUCCACUUCUCCACCACACGGAGGAGAAUCGAGUACCACGGUCGACGACUUGCUAGGCGAUUUGAACAAUUUGAGCUUCUCUCAACCUUCUCAGAAUUUUGGGCUUGGUGGAAGCAUCUCACUUGGGGCUGCCCAACCAACUUCACAAGUUGCCUCUUCUGCUGGUUUGGAUUUGUUGUCUGGAUUUUCGGAAACUCCAUCCGCAACCUCCCCACCUCCACCACGUCAAGAAACUUCCGCGGCAAAUUUGUCGCUUUUUGAUGAUGCAUCUAAUAUAAGUGGACCAGCCUCUACCAGAACUGAAGUUUUUUCAUCAGAACACUUGAAGAUUGAAUUCGAGAUCACCAGGGAUAAUGAAUCAUCCAUAAGACUUGCCUCGUUCUUCUCGAACAAUGGACUUGCACCAAUUUCUGAGUUGACGUUCAUGGUUGCAGUGCCCAAAUCUAUGGCCUUGAAGCUAGAUCCUCAAUCUGGAAACUAUAUCCGCGCGGGUGAGAAAGAUGGCGUAACUCAGUUCGGCAAUAUUGAAAACGCAUUCUUCAAUGCAAACAAGCCUCUAAAGGUCAAAUGGAAGGCCACUUUCUGCGUUCAAGGCUCAACCUUCGAAGAAACGGCUGUCUUUACGUUUCCUCAGGUUUAA